AUGGCCUCCAAGAUCAGCGUUAGCAGCGUGCGCAACAGCAUCAAGACGAUCCUUGACGAGUCGGCCGGCGAGAAGAAGCGCAACUUCGUCGAGACCAUCGAGCUCCAGAUCGGCCUCAAGAACUACGACCCGCAGCGCGACAAGCGUUUCUCGGGCACGAUCAAGCUCCCCAACAUCCCGCGUCCCCGCAUGUCGAUCUGCAUUCUCGCCGACGCCGCCGACAUCGACCGCGCCAAGCUCAUCGAGCUCGAGUACAUGUCGGUUGACGACCUCAAGAAGCUCAACAAGAACAAGAAGCUCGUCAAGAAGCUCGCCAAGAAGUACGACGCGUUCCUCGCCUCGGAGGCCCUCAUCAAGCAGAUCCCGCGUCUGCUCGGUCCGGGUCUCUCCAAGGCCGGCAAGUUCCCGACCCCCAUCUCGCACGGUGAGGACCUCGGCAACAAGGUCGCUGAGGUCCGCUCGACGAUCAAGUUCCAGCUCAAGAAGGUCCUCUGCCUCGGUGUCGCCAUCGGCCACGUCGAGAUGGACCAGGAGCAGAUCCUCGCCAACACCAUGCUCGCGAUCAACUUCCUCAUCUCGCUCCUCAAGAAGCACUGGCAGAACGUCAAGUCCCUCAACCUCAAGUCGUCGAUGGGCAAGCCCCAGCGCCUCUUCUAA